AUGCGUUUGACGGUUGACAUCAAUGGCUCCCUCGCUGAUCCCGAUGCCCUGAUCCUUCCUUUUAUCUGCCCCUUCAGUGGUCCGAUCGGUGUUUACGUGCUGGCUGGCGAAUCGGCCGUUUCGAGGUGGCGGGAACUCAUUGGUCCAACCAAGACAUAUAAAACCGUGAUUUUUGAACCAACUAGCCUUCGAGGAUGUCUGGGUCUAACUGACACACGCAAUGGUUUUCAUGGUUCAGCUUUAUAUUACCUUCUAAGUGGCAAUGGCUAUCGUUUUGAUAUCGGAUGGGUCCUCGAGGGUGUUUCACCCUACCUUUGGGCCUGUGUCGGUGUCGGCCUCGCGAUCUCACUUUCCGUAGUCGGUGCUGCUUGGGGCAUCUAUGUGACAGGGUCGAGCAUCGUUGGUGCUGGUGUUAAGGCUCCUCGCAUCAGAACCAAAAACCUCAUCAGCAUCAUUUUUUGUGAAGCCGUUGCCAUCUACGGAAUCAUUAUGGCCAUCGUCAUCGGUAACCAGAUUGAGCCCUUCAAUCCUGCAGUGGUGAGUGAAGCGGUGGUGCGAGCGAACUACCUAGCCGGCUACGCAAUGUUCGGCGGGGGACUGACGGUGGGUUUGUGCAACCUCUUCUGUGGCGUCUGCGUGGGUGUGGUGGGCUCGGGCGCUGCGUUAGCUGACGCCGCCAAUCCCUCGCUUUUCGUCAAGAUCCUCAUUAUUGAGAUCUUCGCCUCCGCCAUUGGCCUAUUCGGUGUUAUUGUCUCCAUCCUUCAGGUGUGUCCCUUGCACUGUAUAAUCUAUCCUGAUUUAUCUCAGCAAGGUUACUUCUCGAAUUCGAAUGGGCAACAAGGCAGCAUAGACUGGCGAAAUGAUGAUCCUCGUCUUCAUGCGGCGCAUGGUUCUGGUACUGUCAGCCAAACCGUAGAUUCCCGUCUGUGUUGUCCCUGUCUACUUCUUCUCGCCUACCUUCCAGUGCAUAAUACGAACAUUCCAACAUUCACACACAUGCAUGCAGCUUUCGCGUCGACUUCUUUUGUUACUAAUGUUAUCUCUCUCCCUUUUAGUCGUGUCUCGGCUGUGCUUUGUUGGUUUUGUGAGGAGACGGGCUUGUGUUCUCUUAGUAACACUCAGGAAGCCACGGGGAUUAUGUGCUCAGCCGGCAGCCCUGAGUGGAUUCGCCAUCGGGUUUGCUAUUGGACUGGCGUUUGGAUCACCCCCGAGUUGGAAGUGUGCAAGAGACCCACUCUCGGCGCCUUGAGAACUCGCGAUGAGAUUAUCGCCAGCGGCGCAUACGAAAUACCAAAACCCCGUCUCGCCAAAGAAUUUAAAAGUCGUGAAGAAGAAAAAGAACGCCUAGCGUCUAUCUUCGCCUAUGGAGAGGACCUCAAGAUUGAGAAGACCCGGUCCGCCAGAACUGCGGAAGAGAAGUCAGCUUGCAUCAGUCGUUUUGAUGAGUUAUUCGAUGAGCUACGAGAUCGUCAGACCUUCCUUGAGGAGAUGCGGAGGCUGGGCAAGGCCGCCGACUACAAGACCCAAAUUCAAUCAGAGAUCUCCCAAAUUGUUCAUGAAAUGGAGGAGAUCGAUAAACGCGAGAAUGCAGCGCUUGCCCAGCUUCAACAGAAGGAUCACUUACGUCUUUAUCAACGUCAAACAGAUGCCAACUGA